AUUAUCAUCAUAACUAACAUUAGCAUUAAGAUUGCAUAGACAAAAGGGUAUAAAUUGCAGUGACCUGAUACAAAUCAGAGUGAAUCUGUUUCUCCAUCUUGGUUUCAAUAUUUAAUUUUAACAAGUGUUAUCUCAACAUGGCAACAGCUUCAGUGGCAUUCAAGUCCAGGGAGGAUCAUCGAAAACAGAUUGAACUUGAGGAAGCACGUAAAGCCGGGCUUGCGCCUGCUGAGCUUGAUGAAGAUGGGAAGGAAAUUAAUCCCCAUAUUCCUCAGUAUAUGUCAUCUGCACCUUGGUAUCUUAAUGCUGAGAGACCUAGUUUGAAACAUCAAAGGAAAUGGAAAUCUGAUCCCAAUUACACCAAAUCAUGGUAUGAUAGAGGUGCUAAAACUUUUCAGGCCAGCAAGUACAGGAAAGGUGCAUGUGAGAACUGUGGAGCUAUGACACACAAUUCCAAGGCAUGCAUGGAAAGACCCCGAAAAGUAGGAGCAAAGCAUACAAACAAACAUAUUGCUGCUGAUGAGAAGAUAGAAACUAUUGAGCUUGACUAUGAUGGCAAACGGGACAGAUGGAAUGGGUAUGAUCCAUCUACAUUUGCCCGAGUCAUUGAGAGAUAUGAAGCCAGAGAUGAUGCUCGAAAGAAGUACUUGAAUGAACAACAGCUGAAGAAAUUGGAGAAGAGCGACCAAAAUGAUGAGGGUGCUGCCAUUGAUGAGGCUAUAGAAGAUGAUGAUUUAAGGGUAGAUGAGGCGAAGGUUGAUGAAAGCAAACAAAUGGACUUUGCCAAGGUUGAGAAGCGUGUGCGAACAACAGGCGGUGGGAGUACAGGAACUGUGAGGAACUUACGUAUUCGAGAGGAUACAGCAAAAUAUCUUCUCAAUCUUGAUGUCAAUUCUGCACAUUAUGAUCCCAAGACCAGGUCCAUGCGUGAAGAUCCUCUUCCAGAUGCAGAUCCAAAUGAAAAGUUUUACGAGGGUGAUAACCAAUAUAGAAAUAGUGGUCAAGCUUUGGAGUUCAAGGAAUUAAACAUCCAUGCUUGGGAAGCAUUUGACAAGGGACAAGAUGUUCACAUGCAAGCAGCUCCUUCCCAAGCUGAAUUGCUCUAUAAGAAUUUCAAGGUCAUGAAGGAGAAAUUGAAGUCUCAUACGAAGGAAACUAUUAUUGAGAAGUAUGGCAAUGCAGCUGAUGAGGACAAACUUCCAAGAGAACUUCUGCUAGGUCAGAGUGAGAGGCAAGUUGAGUAUGAUCGUGCUGGUAGAAUUAUUAAAGGACAGGAAGCUGCAAUCCCCAGAAGCAAGUAUGAAGAAGAUGUUUACAUUAACAACCACACAACUGUUUGGGGUUCAUGGUGGAAGGAUCACCAAUGGGGUUUUAAGUGCUGCAAACAGACAAUACGUAACAGCUAUUGCACUGGUGCUGCUGGUAUUGAGGCCGCCGAGGCUGCAAAUGAUCUCAUGAGAGCUAAUAUUGCCCGUAAGGAGGCUGCUGCAGAGGAUCCUGCACCAGCGGAAGAGAAAAGGCUUGCUACAUGGGGAACUGAUGUCCCAGAUGACCUAGUUCUGGAUGAAAAAUUGCUUGCUGACGCACUCAAAAAGGAGGAUCAAAGAAAGAGGGAAGAGAAAGAUGAGCGGAAGCGUAAAUAUAAUGUUAGAUGGAAUGAUGAGGUUACCGCAGAGGACAUGGAGGCAUACAGGAUGAAGAAAGUACAUCAUGAUGACCCAAUGAAUAGUUUCAUGAACUAAGCUUGGAGAGGGCAAAAAGGCCUGUCUGCGUUCAUUUUGAUACAAGGCCACAAGCCUUUCUGUUGUUUUCUCGCUGCCAGAAGGAUUGCACAGAAUGAAUGAUUAGUGACAUAGAGGAGCGGAGUUGAAAUCGAUAUUUGAACAGCUUUGUAUCUUGUUACUAUGGUGUUAUUUAGCUUUUGGAACACAAGGGUGUUUUAAUGACUCAAUAGCAUCUCUUUUUUAUGUAUGAACUUCCAACAUCACAUGUAUGAACAUGUCUUAUGAUGUUUUUGAGAGAUGUUAGGGCCACUAGGGCAGAUGGUUUACCAGUGUAAGUAUAUAUCCUAGUAGUUUCGACUAUGUUUUCUGGCUCAGUUAUGUUCUUAAAGAAUGGUCCACUAGCUGUUGUGUCAUGGAUCAUAGAACAAGAUGCAGUUGUGCCGAUCCCUCAAUUGCAUCAAACAUCAAACAUUAAUUAUUAGUAACUUGUGUUCCUAACUCCAUGUUGUUUUGAUGCAAGUUCCGAAUAGGGGUGUUUUUUGAGAAAAUAAGCUUUAUCACCGUAGCCCGUGGCAA